AUGAGGCCUAUACUAUUAUCCGGACAUGAGCGUGCGCUCACCCAGGUCCGCUACAAUGCCGAUGGCGAUCUCAUCUUCUCCGUAUCCAAGGAUAACCAAGUCUGUGUUUGGUUCUCCCAUAAUGGCGAGCGUCUCGGUACCUACAAGGGCCACGUAGGUGCCAUCUGGACCGUCGAUGUCGACCCUACGAGCACGAUCGCCGCAUCCGGUUCCGCCGACAACACCAUUCGCCUCUGGGAGGUAAAGACCGGAAAGUGUAUCAAGACCUGGGAGUUCCCCACCGCCGUCAAGCGAGUCGAGUUCAAUGAGGACGCCACCCAGAUCCUGGGCGUCACGGAGAAGCGAAUGGGUUACCUCAGCAACAUCAUCGUGUUCGACGUCACCAUAGAUCCCGAGGCCGAGCAGACCGACGAGAGGGCGCUUACCAUCGUUUGCGACCGAAGCAAGGCGACUGUGGCCGGUUGGAGCUAUAUGUCCAAGUAUAUUAUUGCUGGACACGAGGACGGAUCGGUCUCUCAGUAUGAUGGCAAGACUGGAGAACUUAUCAUGAACUUCGCCAUCCACGAUCUCAACCAACCUAUCACCGAUCUCCAGUGGUCCGCUGACCGAACCUACUUCAUCACUGCCUGCAAGGACAAGACCUCCAAGCUCAUCUCCGCUAAGGAUCUCGAGGUCCUCAAGACCUACCCCAGUGAUACCCCCCUCAACAGCGCCUGCAUGACCAGGAAGAAGGACUUCGUCAUUCUCGGUGGUGGUCAGGCCGCCAUGGACGUCACCACGACCGCCGCUCGCCAGGGUAAAUUCGAGGCUCGAUUCUACCACAAGAUCUUCGAGGACGAGAUUGGCCGUGUCCGUGGUCACUUCGGUCCCUUGAACACUGUUGCCGCCGACCCGACCGGCAAGAGCUACUGCAGUGGAGGAGAGGACGGAUACGUGCGAGUGCACCACUUCGACAAGGGUUACUUCGACUUCCUUUACGAAGUUGAGCGCGAGCGCCUCAACAGGAGUCCGUAA